UUUCGCAUCUCUGGACAGUGAAAUGCACCGAGCUUAUCAACCCAUUGUGCCAACCUGCAAUAAGUACCUGCAGCAGAAAUGGGACAACGACAAUUACCAAAAGCAUAGGACAAAGGUGGAAAAGGUCACAGCAGUUGUGGAUACCAAAGGGCCUUGGACUCCUGCACAUAUUCAAGUCAAGUUAAAGAAACUACAGUUACAGGAGGAACGCUUGGCUGCUAUAACAAGAGACAAUCAGAUCCUUUCCUGCAAAUUAGCCGACAUCAUGAGAUCCAAUGGGACAGUGGAGAAUUGGAAUAACUACGUAUCUAAAAGUCUUAACGCAGAGAAGCGUCACAGGAGGUUCAUGCAGAUAACGCGUGAGAACCAAGCCAUUCUUCACCGUAUCACACACUGUGAGUCGGAAUACAAGCAGAGCAGGCUGAACGAGGAAUGGGAGACAGUGAAGAGGGUGCAAAAUGAUAUUGCCCGUUAUCCACGUGGCAUGAAGACUGAGCAGAAAACUGGGAAGAAAGUGCACCCCGGAGUCACCAAGAAUGGUGAAAGUGCCCGGUUCGGAUAAGGUGGCAGCAACCAGGUGACGUCAACGACAGGGUGACCAAUAAAAACGCCCCGUCUCACUUCAGCUGCGCGUCAAAAUCUAUCCCAACGACUUCACACAAAUAUCUUGAUGCAUUUACUUAGUUACGCCCUUCAGAUACAUUUUCUCUUCUCCCUGUCUGCAUUUCAUCCUAGGUUGUGUCGAAGAAGCAGCCUGUACCAGAGGCAGCUCCACACUGUCCAAUGCCAAUCAGCAGUCAGAUCAAAAGUGGAUGGGGGCUAGGUUCAUACUGCCCCUUGUUUUAACCUCACAAAAUCAAUCAAUGCACCAUAGAAAGCAUCCUAUCCGGAUGCAUCACGGCUUGGUACGGCAACUGUUCUGCCCAGGACGGCAAGAAACUGCAGAGAGUUGUGGACACAGCCUGGCGCAUCACGGACACCAGCCUCCCCUCCAUGGACUCUGUCUUUACCUCUCGUUGUCUAAUGAAGCAGCUGGCAUAAUCAAAGACCCCACCCACCCGGGCCAUUCUGUCUUCUCCCCCCUCCCAUCGGGCAGAAGAUACAGGAGCCUGAGGGCACGUACCACCAGGCUUUAGGACAGCUUCUACCCCACUGUGAUAGGACUAUUGAACAGUUCCCUUAUACAAUGAGAUGGACUCUGACCUCACGAUCUACCUUGUUGUGACCUUGCACCUUAUUGCACUGCACUUUCCCUGUAGCUGUGACACUUUACUCUGUACUGUGAUUGUUUUUACCUGUACUACAUCAAUGCACUCUGUACUGACCCAAUGUAACUGCACUGUGUAAUGAAGUGACCUGUACAAUCGGUAGGCAAGACAAGUUUUUCACUGUACCUCGGUACAAGUGACAAUA